UAAAUGUUUGGAUGUACAACACUUGCACUGUUACAUCUGCCUGAGUGGGCAGCUGACCUGAUGGGAAAGAAACAAAGCAUGAAGUCAAGUAGAGGUUUGGUGGAAGGCAUAUGUUUGACUGAGAAUUUCACAUUUAAUCCUAAAGAGGGAAUAGACAAUCCAGUGAUGGACAUCACAGAUGGUGCAGACUCUGAGUCGACACCCACCCCACGCCUGUGUGUUCUGAAACGAGAGGAAGAGGAGUCCUAUGGCUUUCAUCUACGCGUGGAGAAGGGUUGCCAAGGACACGUAAUCAGAAAUGUGGUGUCAGGAGGGGUAGCAGAGCGUCACGGCCUUCACAAUGGAGACAGGCUGCUGGAAGUCAACAACUGCUAUGUUGUUGAUGCUCCUGAUGCUGAGGUGGCUCGAAAGAUAAAGCUAAGUGGACAGCAGUUAUGUUUAUUAGUGUUGGAUGGGGAGGAAUAUGAGCUGGCUGUGGCCCGAGGUCAUGACUUGCGAAGUCUGGUCAGAGCUUACAAAGAUGAAGACUGCAAACUACCGAGACUCUGCCACAUCCGCAAGGAUCCUGCCUCCGGUCUGGGCAUCAACUUUACACCAUUGGAAGGAGGGAAAGGUCGCUUCUCUGUGAGCCUGGUGACAGGAGGAGCAGCAGAAAAGGCAGGUGUUUGUAAGGGAGAUCGCCUGGUCUGGAUGGAUGGAGCCAUGGUGUCUGAUCUCACACACUCUGCCCUCAGCAGAAUGAUGAGAAAAUGUGGCAACCACAUCACCAUUCUGGUGGUUGAUAGUGAGAGUGAACAGAAGUACAUGCAGAAAAGGAUACCCAUCCUGCCCACCAUGGCUGUUCCACAUAACCUGCCUUAUAGAGCAAGAAAACUCCACCUCGUCUCUGGAUCUGAGGGCUAUGGGUUCCUCCUUCGACUGGAAAAGUCACCAUCAGGACGCACAUAUCAUGUUCUGCGUGACAUGGACAAAGACAGUCCAGCAGAGAAGGCAGGGAUGCGUGACGGAGAUAUGCUGCUGGAGGUCAAUGGAGAGUCGGUGGAGUCACUGAAGCAUGAGGAGAUUGUGGACAGAGUGAGACUGAGUGGACAACAGGUGUCCCUCACCACCAUCCCUCCCCAGGGGCUGGAGUUUUAUACGCAGCUGGGUCUGUCUCCUCUUCUGUAUUGUGAGGAUGAAGCUGUUGAGAAUGUAAAGGACAACAGUGUGCCAGCCUCCGCAGUAGAACAGUCACCACCAAAGGAAAUGGAUGGUCUGAGACUCUGUUCUGUCCAAAAAGGCCCUUUGGGAUUUGGCUUUACCCUGCGUUGUGUUCCAGAAAGUCCUGGGACAUUCAUCAGUCAGGUGACUUUUGAUGGUCCUGGGCAGUGUGCUGGACUAGUUGUGGGUGAUGUAGUGAUUGAAGUCAAUGGACAAAAUGUGGAGGAGAAAAAUCUGGAAGAUGUGAUGAUGCUUAUGAAAGGAGGACAUUCUGCUUCAUUACUAGUCAUAGAUAAGAUUCACUACAACAAGAAAAAUAAGACUGGCACAUCUAAUACAGAAGUCACUGACACAGAGGAGGGUGAUAAGUACGAGAUAACAAUUUUGUGAGCGGCAAGACAUUGAAUCCUGAAGACAUUCUCCACCACCAUAUCCCUGCGGUGAUUUUAAACUGAGCUGAACAGGAGAAAAAGACUUCUAAUAUCAAUAUUAGACGGGAGUACGUUACCUCAGUACAAUCCCAGAGUUUCACAAAGGAACUCGAAUAACAAAACGGAUAAAAUAAGCUGCAUGUAAAUUAGAUUUGAAUUAGUUCUGAAAAUAGUGUAUUGAUGGUAACAUCAUGACAUUGUUUUCAUUAUUUUACACUUCUUAUAGUGCAUAGUGUUAGUCAACAAUUACAACGCCUGACCUCACUUGUAAAAUAUCACAAAUUUAAUUUUAAUAACAUACGGAUAUGAAACACUACCAGGCUUAAAUAAUAAUCUGGAUGGAUUAGACAAAUGAUCCAUUCAGAGAUAUGAGCUGUCAUCCUCUGUGAUCUGUAUAUGAAAAGCCUUUUAAGAUUUAUUGCAAAACUGAAUAAAGUGUUAAUUGUG